AUGUGGAGGGAUGCUGGAUGCAAGAGCUGCGACAGCCAGACCUUUCUCAGGUAAGAAAGAGGCACCAGAAGCUUCAGCACUGCAAGAUCAGCUGGAUUUAUGGAAACGGUGGAGCCUCAUACUCGGGUGCCAUUGGCAGCACCUGCUUUUCAUGCAGCAGAGAUCUCGAUGGCGUCGACUUCUGCCUUCCCUCAGCAUAAAGGCAGUAAAUCAACCCCCUUGGAAAAUGAAGAAAGAAAAGGGAUGACACGCUGCGUAGCCAGGAGCGACGUUGAUCCGAAGGAGGAAGAAAUGUCACCUUACUCCCUGCUCACUGUACGAAUCAUAAAGCUGAAAAAUGCUCAUCAGGCAGAUUUUCUAAGCCAUUCAGAUUGCUACGUGAGCCUCUGGUUGCCAACUGCUUCAGAUGAGAAAUUCCACACCAAAACCAUCAAAAACUGCAGUAAUCCCGUGUGGAACGAAGCUUUUUACUUCAGGAUACAGAGACAAGUCAAGAAUGUUCUUGAAAUUACAGUUUCUGAUGAUGACAUCAUUGGUGAUGAUGACCAUGCAAUUGUGCUUUUUGAUGUAGCUAAAAUCCCCCUUGGGGAAAGAGUGUUUACAACAUUCCUACUAAACCCACAGAGAAGAGAGGAGCUGGAAGUUGAGUUUGUAUUGGAGAGCAUACGGGGUCCUCCUGAAACCAUCAUCACAAAUGGGGCAAUAGUGUGUCGUGAAGUAGCCUGUUUGGAAGUUCACUUGGACAGCAGGAUGAAAAAGAAGCGUUUUUCAGAGAAUGAGUUAACAUUUACAGUGAGAGGAUCCUUUGAGGAAACCCAGAGGCUUCCAAUGCGCUGUGACUCCUGCUCUCCUCUCCCAGAUCCCAUUUUCUUCCACUAUGCCAAGUACAAGCAACCCUCCCUGGAUGUUGCACUCACAAAGAAGAGGAGGCUUCCCACCUUUUGUGCUUGCGUGUCAUGUGGAUCAGGAAGGAGGAGCAGCAUCCCUCUGACUCUCCCUCUGAAGUCUCUCCCCUCUGAGAGGGAAGUAAUUGGCCAGCACAGAAAAUUUGAUUUGCACUUUAAGGUGAAAAAGUGCCAGGAAGACCUUGACAUACGCCUGGGCUUUGGCCUGUGUGCCCAGGAACAGGAUUUCAUUUGCAAGAGGAAGAAGGUGGUUGCAGCUGCUCUGAAGAACGUCCUCCAGCUGCAGGAGGACUUGGAAGACAAUGAGGUACCUGUGGUGGCAAUCAUGACCACGGGUGGUGGAACCAGAGCUCUGACAGCCAUGUACGCUCACCUUCUCAGUGUGCAGGAGCUGAAUGUCUUGGACUGUGUCUCGUACAUCACUGGUUUAUCUGGCACAACGUGGACCAUGUCCAACUUGUAUGAAGAUCCUGACUGGUCCCAAAAGGAUCUCAAGGAAACACUCAACGAUGCUCGGAAGCAUGUCCUCAAAAAUAAGUUCUUGGCUUGUUUUGCCCCCGAUCGCCUGCAAUACUACUUGAAAGAGUUGUGCCAGAGACAGCAGGAAGGGCAUCAGAUAUGUUUCACCGACCUCUGGGGACUCAUAAUCGAAACCAUGUUGCAUGAAAAGGAGGACUCCCAUAAGCUCUCAGAUCAGCAGCAGGCACUAAAUCAGGGUCAGAAUCCCCUGCCCAUCUACCUCUCUCUCAAUGUGAAGGAUAAAAUCAGCGACCAGGACUUUAGAGAAUGGGUGGAAUUCACCCCUUACGAGGUGGGGUUACCGAAAUACGGCGCCUUCAUUCGUGCAGAAGAUUUUGGUAGUGAGUUCUUCAUGGGUCGCCUGAUGAAGAAGAUCCCAGAAUCCAGAAUCUGCUUCUUGGAAGGGAUCUGGAGCAGUGUAUUCUCCUUGAAUCUUAUGGAUGCUUGGUACAUAUCUUUUAAUUCAGAAGACUUCUGGCACAAAUGGACCCGAGACAAAAUUACUGACAUAGAUGAUGAAACCCUGUUCCCUACAAGACCAAAUGAGCUGGAUACUCGAGUGGUUUGUCCCACUGACAGCUUUUCAGACAUUUUCCGAGACGUUGCCAUGUUACGUCCGGCAGCCUCAGAAAUCCACAACUUCCUGAAGGGCUUCCAGAUGAACAACAACUACCUAGAGAGCGAUUUCUCCAAAUGGAAAGACUGUGAGCUUGACUCUCAGCCCAACCACCUGACAGCAGGAGCAGACUACUUCAUCCUGAUCGACACAGCAUUUGCCUUUGCUACCAGCUACCCACCCCUGAUGAGACCAGAAAGGAAAGUGGAUGUCAUUUUGCAUUUCAACUACAGUUCAGGUUCCCAGACAGGGCCCCUGAAAGAAGCCUCUAAAUACUUUGCAAAACAGGGAAUUCCUUUCCCGACAGAGGUGCCAGAUGAUGAGGAAACUCCACAUCUAAAGGAAUGCUACAUCGUUGGUGACAAGGAGAGCCCAGAAACGCCUAUUGUGAUCUUUUUCCCUCUGGUAAAUGACACCUUCAGGGAAUACAAAGCACCUGGUGUGAAACGUAGUCCCUCAGAGAUGGCAGAGGGUGACGUCGACGUUGCCAACGCCCACGGUCCGUAUUACAUAAACAAUCUGAGUUAUUCAGAGGAAGAUUUUGACAAACUGGUGAACCUGAGUUACUACAACGUCCAGAACAACAAAGAUUUGAUUCUUCAGGCCUUGCGUACGGCUGUGGAGAGGAAAAAGCAGCACAAGGACAAGCAAGCAGUGCAAAACCCAAGCGAUGGCGAUGGUGUGAGCGUGCCUGGUAGGGAGAAAACCCAGCAUCUGGCUGACUGCCCAGCUCUAGGGCAUAUGAAAGAAAACGUUUGA